UCAGGAGACUUUGAAUGCUUUGACUCUGAUUGAGAGUUCUCACCAUAUGUCUUUAGUUAAACUGGAAGACACCCUACAACAACAAACCUGACAUGACAAUCAAUUUAAAGCAGAACAAAACAACAAUAGUCCGAAUAAGUUGAUCAAGGGAAAAUAUGUUGUCAUGCAUGAGACAAGCUGUCUGUCCAACACACCUGAACCAUGCUAAGUUCAGUUUUAACAUGUCACAACUGUUUAUACAUAGACAAUAUUUACAUUUUUCACGUAUCUUUGAAAAGCAUAAAAAAAGUAAAAAUAAAAUACUUCACCAAGAAGGUGUGGCAGAAUCUCUAAAGAAAGAAUCACCUUUUUUGUUUAAAGCGAUUAAAUCUGUUAAAUCUCAUGAGAAGAAGAGCCUGUCAUAUAGAGAAGAGAGACCAUUGAUUUUUCAGCCAAUUACAGUUGAUGCUGGUGAUCUCGAAGACAACCACUCAGACAUUUUUAAAGAACUGAAAAUACAUGCAGCAAAAUCAGAAAAAGUUUUUAUAAUACAACCAAACUUUAAGUGGGGAAAGGAACGUUUUCUAACAAAAUUAAUUGAUAACAGACUAGCUGAAGCAAAAGCCUUAAUUGAAAGUGUGCAAAGCUGGGGUGUUCAUUCCUCAUCCAUCGAAUCUGUACAUGAACAUAAUCCUAAAAUGUUUUUUGGUUCAGGUAAAGUUCUGGAGCUGUCUGAGCAAAUAAGAGAACUGAUUAACAAGCAUAGUGUUACUAUGGUUUUUUUAAACACAGGAAAAUUAACUUUAAGGCAGAUCAAAGAACUUGAGAGUGCUUGGGGAUGCAAAGUGUUUGACAGGUAUCGUGUUGUACUUGAACUAUUUAAAGAAAGAGCGAAAACGAAAGAAGCCAAGCUACAGGUGCAACUAGCAGAAGUUCAAUACUUACGGACCCAUAUCACAUCAGACGAUUUGCACUAUGAUCAACAGAGAGGCGGUGGAAAAGGUCGCUUUGGAGGUGGAGAAACAGAAAUGGAAAAAAUAAAACGUCAGCUCUCUGACGCAGAGGCUAAAAUAAAGAAGUCUUUAUUACACAUCAAAGGUCAGCGUUCACAGGCAAAAGCGGAGCGCAUAAAAAAGAAAGUUCCACAAGUUGCUUUGGUAGGCUACACGAACGCAGGAAAGACUACACUGGCGAAAUUGCUAUCUCACGAUGCUCAUAUGCAACCUGAAGAUAAACUAUUUGCCACUCUCGAUACGACGGCACAUCGCGGAAAGUUGCCGUGUGGUCUUAACCUUGUUUAUAUCGACACUGUCGGCUUCAUAUCCGACUUGCCACACGAAUUAGUGGAAUCGUUUUCGACGACUUUAGAUGACGUUAAGACAGCUGAUGUGCUUCUCCACGUGUCAGACUGCGCUCACCCAGAAUUUGAUUUGCAAAAGAAAACAGUUGAAGAUGUACUUAAUAAGUUAAACCUAAAUCCGGACCUCCUGCGUAAUAUGGUUAACGUACUUAAUAAAAUCGAUCUGAGGGAGCCAGUCGUGGAUGACUUAGUUGAAGAGAAAGCUCUUAGCAUUUCGGCUACGAAGGGGACUGGUGUUGAAGAAUUACGUCAUCUGAUUGAAAGGAAAAUUUUAGAAGCCACUAAUCGACGACGUGUUCAAGUUAACAUCGAUCAACAAGGCGGAGAAUUAAGCUGGUUGUAUCAUUAUGGUACUGUGCUAGAUACAAUCGCUCACGAGGAUGGAUCUCUGGACGUUAUUGCAAUCUUAGAUGACGGCAACCGAAAUAAAUUUGAGAAGAAAUUCCAUGUGAAGUUAAAACAUUAAUACAAUGUUUUUUGAAGAAAUAUUCUCUAUUGUCAUACAAAA